AUGUUGCCAGUUACCAGUAAUUCAAUCAGGUUGAGUUGGAUUGGACCUGGACAUGCCAGUCAGGAGGAUCGGUCUUGGACUCCGUUUCAGCCCGCUCAUUGCCUCUUCUCAAGCCAUGACUCUCCAGCCCACCACCACCACAGACAGCGUCUCUCAACCUGCAACCGCCACCCACCACCACACCCAUCACCGGCUUUCUGCGCAGCAUGUCUACGAGAACGCCUUGCCGGCAUCCAAAACAACUCCCUACCGCCACGACCCCCUACUUCCUCAACCUCCCAGUUCCGCCGCUCCAAGUCCUGCUCCGGUGGCCCUAACCCAUCCUCUUCCUCCGCCACCUCCGAGCCCCGCCGUAAAUCUUGUGACGUAACUCACAAUACCCUCCACGACCUUUUCGCCAUAGAUGACAAAAUAAAAACUCUCAAUCCCAACCACCCUCCUUCAAAAGUUGAAGCUUUUCAAGGCUUUGAAGAAGAAGAAGAAGAAGAAGAAGGAGAGUUGAAAACGGUGAAAGAAUUCAUAGAUCUCGAAUGGGGAAGAAAAAAAACUUCAGGGAAAUCUUUGUGGGAAGCAGCUUCGGUCUUUAGCAAGAAAUUGAGGGAAUGGAGGAAAAAACAGGGCAAAAAGAAGGAGAAAAUUGAGGGUUUGGUUCUUGAUAAGGUGAAUAAAAGGGGAUUGAGAGACACUCAAUCGGAGAUCGGGGAAUAUGGGUUGUUUGGGAGAAGAUCUUGUGAUACUGAUCCUAGAUUGUCGGUUGAUAUUGGCCGUUUGUCUGUCGAUGAUUCAAGGUUUUCUUUUGAUGAGCCAAGGGUUUCUUGGGAUGGUUAUUUGAUUGGGAAACAGAAUCCCAAGGUUAAUGAAGAAGGGAAUGUUGGGGAAGAGAGAUUGAGUGUUGUAAAAGAGGAAGAAAGGAGUAGCCCUGGUGGGUCAGCUCAAACGAGAGAUUAUUAUGCGGAUUCUUUGACUAGAAGGAGGAGAAGUUUCGACCGGUCAGGGUCGAAUAGGAAGAUUAGUUUGGGGGAAGCUGAUGAAGUUAAAUCUUCGAUUUCGAAUGCUAAAGUGUCUCCUGAGACUGUUGGGUUGUUUCACGGGGCGAAACUGUUAGUUACCGAGAAGGAACUGAGGGAUUCCAAUUGGUAUUCGAGUGUGGAAUCUGGUUCGAAGGAUGUUGAGUUUGUUACUGCUGGGGUUGGCCAAAAAGGGUUUGAUUUGAAGAAGGCAAGGAAGUGGAAAAAUAUUUGGAACAUCUGGGGUUUGAUACAGAGGCGAAAACAGAGUGAAUUUGAAGAUGAAGAAAGGAGUAUUGGAGGGGAUGUGGGUGAUAGGAGGCUAGCAGAGUCGUCAAACGUUAGGAGGGUGGCUAAUGGAGAUGAAGAUAGAGGUAUUGGAGGAAAUGGAGGUGAAGGGACACUGGCGGAGUCAUUGCAAAAGCUGAGGGGGUUGGCUCAUGGAGAUGAAGGUAAAGGUAUAGAGAAUGUGGCUGACGGGACACUAGCGGAGUCUUUGCAGAAGUUAAGAAGGGUGGCGAAUGGAGACGCAAAUGGGAGUGUUGUAAGCCAGAAGCUUAUGCGGAGCUAUAGUGUUAGUGCUAGGAAUUCCGUGGAUGGAUCAGCUUUCUAUGGAAUGAGUGUGACCCCGUCUAAAGAUGAUGGUGAGAAGAGAAGGGAGAAAUUUGUGCUGCAGCAGAAUAGGAGUGUCAGGUAUUCUCCUAACAACCAUGAUAAUGGGCUAUUGCGAUUUUACUUGACGCCGAUGAGGAGCUAUCGGAGAAGCAAAUCUGGAAUGAGUAGGCUAAAAAACCCACACUCUGUAGGUGGGAGCGUACUGUAAUGGUGCUUGAAUUUGUUAUGAGUAAGAUAUUAUGUUGUAAAAACGUGAAUGAAUGUGUCUCUCCAUGUUCUAUAGAUAAAAAAAAACAUCAGAUCAUAUGGUCAUCUUUCUUGUGCUAAGCAUAUGUUUUUCUAAUAACGCAGCAAUGCAAAAAAUGAAACAGUGUUUUCAUAUUGUUAGUAUAGUGAGAAUUGUUGCUGAAAUGUAGCUUAGUAUUUACUACAAGAAAUGAAAUCACUUUGU